AUGGCGUACAGAGGUCGUGGACGCGGUGGAUUUGGAGGAGGUGGCGGCGGUUUUGGCUAUGCCACUCAAGUUCCCUUUGAGCUUUUUCCUGAUGUUGAUUUGCCUAAUGUCAAAGGUAUACUUGAUCCAGAUAAAAAGAUAAACCAGGGUAAGAGUGAGGAAGAAAACUUAGUCAAUCAAAGUCGCAAGUUUCAAAAAAUUUGGAAAGGCUCUCCUUUUUAUCUUGAGCAGACCACUUCAAAGGAGAGGCAAAACACAGAAGUAGAAAGAUAUUCUGACAGGUUGAAGCCAAAAACCACGAUAAGACGCGGUGCUCUUUUUGAUAUAUUGGAGCUCAAGGCAUUUCCCCAAGAACUGACAGGAGGUUCAAGGGCGCACCAACCAGGCCGAAAGAGAGUUCGAUGGAAUCCUGACUCAGAGCUGCAGAAGUUAGAUUUAUUUGAAAAGCUUGAACAGCGUCAGGGUAAUAAUGAUGGAAAAGAAAAGAAAGAAGGUGAAGGUGAGGAUGAAGAUGAAGAAGAAGAGGAGGAGGAGCCAGAAGAAGACUUCAGUGAUGAUGAUUAUCAGAAGAACCAAGAUUUCGAUGAUGAUGAUGAUGAUUUUAAUAUGGAAGAUGAUGGUGAUGAUGAACCUCUUUUGUAG